CAUGCGCUCCACCUUGCAUCCUAAUGAAGAGCAGGCUAAUGUCUACAUGGCUCUCCUCUGCCUCAAAGUCCUCCACGCUUGCUAUUUUAUUAUUCCUUCCCUCUCCCCUUCCGCCUCUAUCCCGCACACCCGCCUUCCUCUCACCCUCCCUCCUCCUCCCCCUUAAACCUAUUUCACUUAUAUUACGUUAUUAUGCUAAUGGCUAAGCCUGGACGGAUAUUCGCCUUGUGUCUCCUUGUUCUCGCCGUGCAUGGUCUGCCGGCCGAUGAUGACAGCACGACAUCAAGGGCCAGCUCAAGGACAGCAGCGCAGACCGACUCGGCUACGACAAAGGUGUCAGCAUCGGCAAAAAGUAGCUCAGAGUCAGUCCCCGUCUCAGCCUCGACCUCGGCUAGCAGUGCCGCGGCAUCCCCAACUGGCUGUGUUGGCGAGUCCACAAAGCCCACAUGCGGUGACGGUGAAGUGGCAGUCUACACUGGUGCUACCCUUGACCAAUGUCCAUACUACGAGUGCCGGGUGGUAGGCGGUUCAGAGAGCAAGCCAAAGUCCAAAGCGAUUUCAGUAGCCCUGCCUGCGGUGUUUGGCACGGUAUUUGGAAUUCUGCUGCUUGUUGGAACCUGGUUCCUGUACCGUCGCUGGAGAAGCACCCGUCAUGUACCUGCAGACUCGCAGCGUCUGGGCAGCAGGGACGGCAUGCUGCGCCAAGGGCGGCCGUCAGAAACCGAGAAAUGGGGCAACCAGGGCAUGGUUGGCAUCCGGAUGCCGACUGACAACCGCGCGUCGGUUCCGAUUUUCUACUCGAGCAACGACGAGGACGAGAAGCGCCGGACACAGUUCUAUGGAUCUGCAGGCAGUCCGUAUGGCGCGAAGCGUGGCUCGACAAUCGGGAAUGUUGUCAACGUCGUGGCAUCGGGCGGCAAGGCACAGCUGAAGACCAGCCUGCGCUCUGCCAGCCCGCGCCCAGGUAGCUCCCGCACAGUAAGCCCCCAUGCAGCUGGUCCGCCGUCGGUUAUUCUGCCCAGUGACAGGUCCAGCGCCCGUAUGUCGGGUGUCGCACAUAUCUCUAGCACUGUGAACACGCAGAAGCCGCGCCUUGUGCAGAUGGCUAGGCCAAAGAUCCUACACAGCCCCAGCGCGCUGCAGCCUGUGCAUCUGAACUCGCCGCUACGCAUGGACGACCGCCCGGACACUGGCGACUCAAUGCUCAUCGGCUCAAUGAGCAAGCCUGUGUCGCAGGCCGGUGCAAAGAGCGCCAGGCUGUCGAUGGGCAAUGGCAAUGUAGUUGACUAGCGGACUCCGUAAUAGACGUCGCUCUUUGUACGAUUUUUGACAACCCUCCCCUUGCAACCUCUUUUGAUUGACUUGCAUCCGGACACGGGAAAUCAUGCCGCUGCCUGUCUCCCGAAAUAGUUCGCCAGGCAAGUGACGCUGCUAUUUUGACAUCGCUUGCAAGCACCCUUGUUGAGCAGAAAAAUAGUGCCCAUGCUGGCCAGAGGCGGGUGAGAACCGCUCUUAGUUUUCUCUUCUCUUCUCUUCGGCAACAAGUCCUUUUGUUCUCCAA